AGAUGAAGGCCGGCUGGAUGGAAUGAGCGGCGGAGGGAUCUGCGUCAUGCGCUCAGGCCAUCCGCUCUUCCGCCCAGUUUUCCGACGUGAUGCGCCUGCGCUGAAAAUGGAGUUCGCGUAAAGCAGACCCCACAAACUUCCCAGGAAGAAUUCCCAUCGUUUGCCGCGUUCCUGUCACGCAUUCUGUCCCAAUCUAAGACUCUGGUUGGCCUCCGCGCUGAGGAAGCGUACAGCAGCUGGGUGUUCCGUGUGAAGUUGUCGCCGGAUCACGUCGUGUGGGUUUUCCAAACUCGCUGUCGCUGGGAUUUUUGUGGGAUCAGGAUGAGGAAGGCGCCGAUGGUUCCCCCGCUGGAUGGGAUUUAUCGCUCAGAUGGAUGGAAGUGCUGCUUUCACCGCUUCCACACACCCUUCCCGUUCUGAGUCCAGUGUCUGGGCUUCUUCUCGAGCGCUGUUUCUCAGGAGCGAUAACCGAGAACAUGGAGAUAUUUGCGCUUUACUUCCCCGCCGUCAGUGCGAGCUCGACCAUAUUUCCAGGAUUUGGAUCCCCGUGAGAAAAAAUGAGCGAAGAAUCAAAUCCAAACAGCGAGGAGAGUUUUGCGCGUGUGAGAGCGGUGGUCAUGACUCGUGAUGACUCCAGCGGCGGAUGGCUUCCUCUGGGCUCCGGCGGACUCAGCUGCGUCACCGUACACAAGGUCAUCCGGACCGAGAACGACGGCUCCAGCGCAGCUCAGUUCCUCAUCCAUGGAGAGCGGCUCAGAGACAAAACGGUGCUGCUGGACUGCGUCAUCAGGAGGGAUCUGGUGUACAAUAAGGUCAAUCCCAUCUUCCACCACUGGAGGAUCGGCAGCAUGAAGUUGGGCCUGACCUUCCAGAGCCCAGCGGACGCGAGGGCCUUCGACCGCGGGAUCCGGCGAGCUCUGGAGGACAUCACACAAGGAGGCGCACCGUACAGCGACACGGACGCUCCUGAAGAGCCUUCAUCACAGGAGACAGUGUCUGUCGGUACUCCGGUGAGGGACGUCUUCUGUUCUCGUGGUGUCGUGUUUACUGAACCCUUCCACGGCUCUUAUGUUCGAGCUCAGCCCUUCGACGAGUCUCUUACUGCCAGUCAGCGGUUCCUGCCUCCACAGGUUUCCUCCAGCGGCAGGCGGCACGUGAGCUUUCACAUGGACGAGGAGGAGAUCGUCCGCAUCAACCCGCGCAAGGAUGUCCUCAUCCGAGGCUACGAGGACUACCGGCAGCCAGUGCUGUGGAAGCAGGACCCGGAGCACGAGGAGCCCGACGCCUCCGCCGCCUUCUCCAAGCUGGACGGCAAGGACUCGGUCAAGACGCAGCAGCCGUGGGGCCGGCGGAGGCGAGAGGACGGAGAGCGCUCGCGCUGCAUCUACUGCCGAGAGAUGUUCAACCAUGAGGACAACCAGCGUGGCCAGUGCCAGGACGCGCCCGACCCCAUCAAGCAGUGCAUCUACCGGCUGAGCUGCAUGCUGUGCGCCGAGAGCAUGCUGUACCACUGCAUGUCCGACUCGGAGGGAGACUUCUCGGACCCGUGCUCCUGCGACGCCAGCGAGGAGCAGUUCUGUGUGCGCUGGCUGGCGCUGCUGGGGCUGUCUCUGCUGGCGCCCUGCAUGUGCUGCUACCCGCCGCUGCGCGCCUGCCACCGCUGUGGAGAGGCCUGCCGCUGCUGCGGAGGAAAGCACAAGGCCGCGGGCUGAGCCGGACCGGACACCGCUGCUUUCACUGACCCGAGACGGGUGGAGCGUUGCUCGUGGAGCUCCUGACACCAGGAGGAGCGUCUGGAAACACACGCCGGGGCGCACGUCGCGUGUAACCUUGUGAAGAAAUAACAGUACUAUCGUGUCUUGUACAGAGCUCUAACACCGUGUCCUAACUACACGCAAUGUAGCUAUCCACACCAGACAUGACAGAGUCAAUCAAACAUCACAGCCAAUCAGAAGCGUGUGUGGGCGGAGCCUCUCUGGAAGCACACUGCACUUGCAUCGAAAUGGAUAGGUUUGUGAUCUAAUUCAUAAAUAUCAAACCUUUAUAACAUUAUUAAAUGCACAUACCAAGUGUCUGAUACCAUCUUUGUAAGGGAGUGCGCUUGUUGGUUUGCAGUUUUUUUAGCAGCGACGGAAAAAUCCGAAGGCCGUCCGUCACUUUGACAUAGUGUUAAUUUCGUUAACGAAGACUAUGACGAAAAAUUUUCGUUGACUAGCUUU